AUGGCGGCAGCUUUUCCUAAAGAUCAAAACCUGGCUGUUUCACGGUAUACAGAUAUUAGUGGUGAACCGGUAGACCGAUUACUUUCCCCGAUUCAAGGUUAUCAAGAAGUGCCAGUGGUUUCUUUAGAAAAAGCUACUGAGCCAAUUGCUCAUUUAUUCAGUGGCAUUGAAGCCAGUGUUUGGGUUGCCAAGGAAAAUUGCAGAAAUCCAGCAGAUGGUUUGACUCAAGACGAGUCAGCAUCGAUCCAUUUGUACACGAUGCAGUUCGACGGCUGUGCCAGUCUGUACCAGAUGCUGAAUAGAACGUUGAGAACCGAAGAUCGCCAAAACUUGAAACCAUGGUUCAGCUACUUGAAACUACUGUUCACUGCCUUGUUCAAACUUCCAUCCAAAUCGCAGAUUGUAUGGCGCGGUAUCCGCGAUGUUGAUCUGAGUGGAAAGUACAAAGCGGGUAUGAAGUUUGCUUGGUGGGGUGUUAGUUCGUGUACGACCAAUGUCGAAGUUUUGAAAUCGGAACGGUUUUUGGGUCAACACGGCAUUCGCACCUUGUUUUCCAUCGAAUGCAUCAACGGGAAGUCAAUCGUACCGCAUUCAUAUUUUAAGAAUAUCGAGCAGGAAGUUAUUCUGAUUCCGGGUUCGUAUUUAGAGGUUAUUGGUCAAAUAAAUCCUGCUCCGGAUCUACAUUUGAUUCAGUUAAAAGAAAUAAUACCUCCUUUUCCACUGGUCAAACCGCCGCUGGUCCAACCGGCAAAUCAAUCAUUGGUUGCCGAACACUCCAAACCUUUUCAAAAUUUGAGCCUAGAAGAAAAGAAACCAAUGACAGGUAAGCCUUUAGCGUGA